AAAGGAAGACAUAUGCCACUUUCAGUGUUGCUUGCUUUACAAUUUACCAACCAUUCACAGUUAAUACCAAAGUACACGUUUGUUUAACAAAUCAAUAAUCUUCACGUGAUACACCAGUCUGCAUAAUAUAUGUGUACGCAUAAAAUAGCAUGCGAAGAUCAAAUUACUCAUUAGAUUAUAAAUGCCAGAGAAGUGUGAGGCAAGGCAUAAAUUGUGUACAAGUUAUUAACAUCAAACUUUUGAAAUUUAUACAGUUAUUAUUAUUAUUAUCGCACGCAAAUGGAACCAGAAAAAGCCAUUGUUAAAAGUACUGGUAUGCCAGAGGAAAUGCAAGAACACGCAAUUAAAACAUGCGUGAAAGCAAUGAGAAUGCAUAGAUAUGAUAAAGAUAUAGCUAGUGCAUUGAAAAGAGAAUUCAAUAACAAAUAUGGACCUACAUGGCAUUGUGUUGUUGGCUGUAGUUAUGGAAGCAAUGUCAGUCAUACUGAAGGUGGAUUAAUGUACUUUUUCCUGGGUCGAAGAUCUAUUCUCUUAUUUAAAACGGAAUCUGACUAAUCCGCUAAACAAGACAGUAAAUUUGUAACAAGAUUAUUUCAAUUAGACAAAUAUUUAAUUAUGCUGUAUACUAUUUGAAUAUUAUUUUAAAUUUAUAAUGUUUAGAAAUUUAUGUAUCAAUAAAUAAAAAUAUACAAACCUA